UCUUUAUAAACCAUCCAUCACCAUUCCAUCACACAGCACACACACACAAAGAAACAUAGAAAUGGCAUGUAAAAUACAUAGAAAAAUUGCAUUGCGCAGAAAGCUUCAAAUUUUGAGAACUCUCACCAAAUCCAAAUCAGAGAAAAAGAGCUCCAUCAUCACAGACACUUCUCUCUACAUCCAUAAAUUGAAGCUACAAGUUGAAGCAAUCAAGAAAGAGUGCCAACACCUUAUCAAUCAAAUACAUGAGGUGAGAGUGGAGAAUGUUGGGAGAGGAUUUCUAGCGGUGAGGGUGAGAUGCAAGAAGGGAGAGCAAAUUAUGGGGUCGAUUCUUGAAAUGUUUGAAGAAUUGAAUUUGAAUGUGGUGCAAGCGAGCAUCACCUGCAAGAACUUCUUUGGAAUGGAAGCCAUUGUUGAAGCCGAAAUCGACGCCGCAGUCUUGAACAAGGCGAUUUUGGACCUUGUCCGAGUGCAGACACAAAAUAGCACGUGAAUAAUGUGUUUCAAACUUUGUAAAUUGAUCAUUGCCUUCAUUUUCAUUGAUUCAACAAGUUGGAGGAAAUUAAUGUUUGUUUUAAUUUCAAGUAUCUUGAAUAAGUAAUAUUUGUACUAGUUCUAAUGUUA